GCGGGACGGGGCGGGGCGCCAGGCUAGGCCAGGGCGUCCGGGGGCGGGGGUUGUGGGGAGGUGCUGCCGCGGCGGUGGACGCGCCUCUGUGCGGCCUGCACUGGGCCAUGUCGGUGUGAGAACGCCGCAGCCGUCACCCCUUCCUCUCCGACCGGCCAGCCGAACUGCACACCAUGGGCUCCAUCCUGAGUCGCCGCAUCGCGGGCGUGGAGGACAUCGACAUUCAGGCCAACUCAGCCUACCGCUAUCCCCCGAAGUCGGGAAACUACUUUGCUUCGCACUUUUUCAUGGGAGGCGAGAAAUUUGACACCCCACAUCCUGAAGGCUACCUCUUUGGAGAGAACAUGGAUCUGAACUUCCUGGGCAGUCGUCCAGUCCAGUUUCCCUAUGUCACUCCUGCCCCCCAUGAGCCAGUAAAGACCCUGAGGAGCCUGGUGAACAUCCGCAAAGACUCCCUCCGGCUUGUGAGGUACAAAGACGAUGCAGACAGCCCUACAGAGGACGGUGAGAAGCCCCGUGUGCUCUACAGUCUGGAAUUCACCUUUGAUGCUGAUGCCCGCGUGGCUAUCACCAUUUAUUGCCAGGCAGUAGAGGAGUUCUUGAACGGCAUGGCAGUGUACAGCUGUAAAAACCCUUCUCUGCAGUCUGAGACCGUCCACUACAAGAGGGGCGUUAGCCAACAGUUCUCGCUGCCUUCUUUCAAGAUUGACUUUUCCGAGUGGAAGGAUGAUGAGCUGAACUUUGACCUGGAUCGGGGUGUGUUUCCAGUUGUCAUACAGGCUGUGGUGGACGAGGGAGACGUUGUGGAAGUGGCUGGACAUGCUCAUGUGCUCUUGGCUGCCUUUGAGAAGCACGUGGAUGGCAGCUUCUCUGUGAAGCCGUUAAAGCAGAAGCAAAUUGUGGACCGUGUCAGCUACCUGUUGCAGGAGAUCUACGGCAUUGAGAAUAAGAACAACCAGGAGACCAAGCCUUCCGAUGACGAGAACAGUGACAACAGCAGUGAGUGUGUGGUGUGCCUGUCAGACCUGCGGGACACGCUGAUCCUGCCCUGCCGCCACCUGUGCCUUUGCACUUCCUGUGCUGACACACUGCGGUACCAGGCCAACAACUGCCCCAUCUGCCGGCUGCCAUUCCGAGCUCUCCUGCAGAUCCGGGCUGUUCGGAAGAAGCCAGGGGCCCUGUCGCCCAUCUCCUUCAGCCCUGUCUUGGCCCAGAGUGUGGACCAUGAUGAGCACUCUUGUCCCUUUAAAAAAUCAAAGUCGCACCCUGCCUCCCUGGCCAGCAAGAAACCUAAAAGGGAAACAAAUUCUGACAGUGUCCCACCUGGCUAUGAGCCCAUCUCCUUACUCGAGGCACUCAAUGGUCUACGGGCUGUCUCCCCGGCUAUCCCAUCAGCUCCCCUCUAUGAGGAAAUCACCUACUCAGGCAUCUCGGAUGGUCUGUCCCAGGCCAGCUGUCCUCUCGCUGGACUCGAUCGAAUCAUAGAAAGCGGCCUACAGAAGGGAAAGCCACAGAGUAAAUCUCCGGACAGCACCCUGCGGUCUCCAUCAUCCCCCAUCCACGAGGAGGACGAGGAGAAGCUUUCAGAGGACUCGGAUGCUCCUCUCCCACCGAGCAGUGUGGAACUUGCGCUGCGGGAGAGCAGCUCCCCUGAGAGUUUUGGAACAGAGGAGGUGGAUGAGCCAUCCCUAAAGCAAGGGAGCCGAGUGCCCUCUAUUGAUGAUGUCCUGCAGGAUGGCAGCCCCCAGCACCAUGGUUGCAGCCAACCAGUCCCUCCUGCCGACAUUUACCUACCAGGAUGGUCCACCUCCAUGGAGACGCCACACAGCCUUGGCACCACCACCUCCCCCUGGCCUCUGCUGAGUGGCUCUAGUUCUGAGCCUGGAGCUACUGAGCUGACCCCACUCUGAGAGCCUGGCUCAGCUGGUAGCACAGAGCCCUCAAUAUCCCCAAAAUUGCCAGGAGGCUUCCCUGGAGCCCAGUGAGACCCUGGCCUCUCCUGUCUGCACGCCUGAUGUGGCUUCUGGGCUUUGAGGGGCCAUAGUGAACCUUGAUGAAAUUGCACAGUGGACUGCUCUUCCACACACCCUCCUUUCUAUGGUCGAUAUAUUUGUAAAUGGUACAAGAUGAAGGACAGCAGCUUCCUCCAUGGGCCAUAGGCCCUAGAGGGUCUUCCAACUGCCAAGGUUGGUGUUCUGAGCACUUAAACCAACAGAAGAGAAUCUACCCAAGAAGUGAAGUUCGGGAAGGGUGGGCAACCCUGGUUACGGUUGAUGAAGGAAAUGGUGCCUGUCUGCCUGUCCCAUGUGUGUCCUGUUCUCUACUCCCUACUAGUGACCUCUGACAGCCGGGGCAGCUGGGGCAGACCUCAGUGGUCAGAGUGUGUUAACAAGACAGCCAUUGCAGUGGUUGGUACCCAGGACCCCUUACAGGCCCCGCUUCACUCCCUCCCUCACAGCCUCCAAGAUGAAGAUGUUCACACUUGCAGGGCAGCACUGCCCACCACCUGCCAGGGAAGAGCCUGAGCAGCUUCCAUAGCAGACAUCGGCAGUUACACGUCCUGUUUUGUUUCCCGUUGGUUAAUUGUCUUAAGGCUCCUGUCCGAGCCAGCCUAGGAGCAGUGCCCCAGUGAUAUUUUGUUUCUUUUUUUCUUUUUUUUUUUUUUCUUUUUUUUUUGGUUUUUCGAGACAGGGUUUCUCUGUGGUUUUGGAGCCUGUCCUGGAACUAGCUCUUGUAGACCAGGCUGGUCUCGAACUCACAGAGAUCCGCCUGCCUCUGCCUCCCAAGUGCUGGGAUUAAAGGCGUGUGCCACCACUGCCAGGCUGUGAUACUUUGUUUCUAAGGUAAAGGCCCCUGGGUGGCCCUAGGACAGAAGUGCCUAGGCAGUGCGGCUGACCUGGUGGGCAGGUAUGGAACUGCCCUGCCACUCACCCAGGUGACAACUUGUAGCAAUGCUUGGAGCCCCCCUUUUAGGCUCAGGGUUGCUUGAGCUCUGGCUCUGGCUCUGCCCCUUUCUAGCAGUGGCUGGCCUGGUCUCUGUGAACAGAGCCUUGUCUGCAUAUCCAUCUGCCCUCUCCUGCUGAACGCACACAUAAUGCACACAUGUCAGCAUGUGCAUGCCCACCCCCCCCCCUGCCAACACCCUGGCCUCUGGCCGUGUACUGGUGCCAGCACUUUGGAAGGUGGGAGGCAGACUUCAGACUCACAUGUGCUAUCAUUUGAUGGACCCUGAUUGGCUAGUUUUGGGGUUGUUUUUACUGUAUAUUUAUAGUAAUAAAAUCAUGCAGCAAUA